AGCCGCGGCGGGCGCUGCAUGGAGCCGGGCGGGGGUAGCGUGGUGGGCGAGGAGGAGAAGGCGCGAGCUAUUGCGCUCGCUUUUCGCCGAUAGGAGAGAAUGACGGAUGCCGCGAUCUCCGGUGGCGGCGAGAUGGAACCCGAGCAGCAUCAGCGGACGGAGAAGAGCGGCACGGGCCUCCUCGGGGUGGAGAGCAAUAGUGCGGGAGCCGCCGAGGACACCACACAAAAUGGCGGACGCUCUGAGGAGGCGCUGCUGGUGGCUGCAGUAGCUGCAGAGGACGAGGUCCCCCCAAGCCCCAGCAUGACUAGCAGCAGCCAGCGCAGGAGCAGCAUCCCAACGGCACACGACCAACAGCCGCCGCCCAGCGACGUGUCGGGGGGGCCUCCCCCUCUCCCUAAGCCCCCAGAAGACGUGCCUGUUAGGAGGAACUUUCAGAUCCCCAGGAAGAGCAGAGAAAAGAAAGCACUCUUUCAGCCAGUAGCUGUGGGCUCCCGAGAGUUUGAUGAUGUUGUGAAGAUUCUGCAUUCAUCUUUUUUGGAACCCAGUUCAGUGUCCAAUUUUAACUACAAGAGAGCCAGCUUAGUUCAUAAUGAGCUGCUAGAAAAGGAGUUCACAGAAAAGCGCAGAGAGCUGAAAUUUGAUGGUCGCCUGGAUAAAGAGCUUUCUGAAACCUAUGCAUUUCUGAUGGUUGAUCGACCUCAGAUCCAAAGCAUAUGUGAAAAGGGGCUGCAAGUGGGCCACUCCAAAAUAGCAAUUCUUGGCAGUCCUUCCAUGGGUGUAUAUAUCUCCAGGUAUGCUGACUUAUUGCAACCCAAUCCUCUAGAAACUGGAGCAACUGGAGAUGUGAUUAUUUUUAAAGUAAUAAAGGGAAAAAUGAAGAGCAUAUAUGACCACAUAGGUAUGAAAGCAAUGGAAUCAACAGUAAAGAGUGCAUUAGAUCCAACACCAAAGCACGAGUGUCAUGUCUCAAAGAAUGCACAUAAAGUAACCUCCGUGCUGGCUUACCGAGCGUAUGAACUUACUCAGUACUAUUUUUAUGAAUAUGGCUUUGAUGAGAUAAGGCGAAGACCAAGGCAUGUUUGUCCUUAUGCUGUUGUUUCUUUUACUUACAAAGAUGAAAUUGUGCAAGCACCGAAAUUUCUGCCCCCAUCAAGAUCAAACAGCUUCAACCCAGAUAGAAGUACAGAUAAAUUUAACUACACGUUAUGGAGGGGACAGCUCUGGAAUAAAGGCAAACUUUUAUGCCAUGUUUCCUUGAAGUCAGCAGCACGUCCUUUCCUUCCCUGCAAGCUACCUGAGAAACUCGACCUGGAAAAAGUUGUGAGCAUUGACCAAUUGAAGAAGAAAAUAUCACCACUGUUGUUCUAUAAAGAAACUUAUGUAGGGGCAAAAGAAGUGUUGAGGAAUGGAAUGUAUAGCAGCCUUUAUGAAGUUGUGGAGAAGUCCCGUUCUGGCAGUCACUUGGAGGGAUUACUGCAAAAGCUGGAGAAAGAGAAACUUGUUCUCGUAAAACCACUUCUGGACAGAGGCUUUCUUCUUCUUCUUUCUCCUUGGCAAAUGGCAUCCCCCUAUGACCAACAAACUGGGCGAUCUCGCAUGUUAAAUGCAUUGUUUUUGUUUCCAGAGCCCAGAGGUGUAACAGUCUCAGCACAAAGAAGUGUUCCAUGUGGAACACAGAAAAAUUCUACUACUGCGAUCUUGCAUGAAAAUCAGAUCAUUCCAGAAUUCACAAGGUUUAUUCAGUCUCUACAUUUUGCUUUAAUCCAGUCUCGUAAAGACGCUACUGCUGAUUUCAAUACUGUUGUGGAAAAGUAUAUAAAUGAGUAUUUGAGAAGAUGUUAUAGUGGGUCUGGAAAAUAUAGAGAAUUUGUGUUGUAUCGGUAUGAAUCACGGUUGGAUGACAAAAAAUUUCUUUAUCCUGCUCCAAAAAACAAAUCUCACAUUGACAGCUGCUUGCAAAACUAUAUUUUCAGUUGUGCAGCAUAUGAGCUACCUGUUUCUAGAGCUAGGGAGCUGAUGGAGGGAAAUCGAAAGCAUCAGCAGUUCAGUCCCAUCUCAGAUUAUGAAGCUACAGAAGAAGAUUCUGAGUUUGCCAUCAUGAAAAGUGGGAGAAGAAUCCAUGCAAAAUCUGAAGCAGCUGCUGUCAAGCGAAAAUUCCCUCAUCUUGGGGAUUAUGAUCCAGAGAGACUCAAAGACCUUAUUAACUUAAUCCAGUGUAGGAAAAAAAAUGUAGGUGGAGAUUCUGAUUCUGAGGACCUUAGAAAUAAAAGUGGACUGAAAAGAAAACUGGAAAGACAGCCUGAAAAUUUGCCAAAACACUUAAAGAUGAGUGAAUCUUCAGAGAAUAACUGUCAAUAUGAAGGGGGCAGAAGCUCGGAGCCGCCACAGACUGUUUUCUCAAUUAUUUCUGGUCUCGGUGGACAUGAUACUGACUUGAGACACCAGGAUGUAUCUGACCCUGCUGUUACUGACACACAUGGCCUCGUUAAACUGCUUUUAGAAACACUAGCUAAUUCAGGACACAUGGAUUCAUCGUUGGCACGGUCUGUAAAUCAAGCUUUAGGACUAAACAGUGAUGAAGUUGAAGAGGAUAUGAGACAAAACUAUGAAUAUGAAUCCAUUCCAGCACAGGACCAAGAUGAUCAUGAGCUUCCUGAUGAUGCUCAGGCUGAACCUGUUAACUUUAAGGACCCACAGAGCCCUGUGAUGCUGGAGACUGAUGCUGCUUGCUUACCCUUCGCUAUUGAUGUUGACCUACGGUUUCCAGCUAGUGAAGUAGGCCUUGAACACACACUUCUUUUAAAAGAAGCAAGCACUGGAAGUGUAAGUAGCUUUGAAGACUACAGUCCUUGUCCUAGUACACCCGUAGAACAUGUUUAUCGCAGGCAUCACUCCAACUCAAAUAGCAUAGAGGUUGGAAUGCCCUGGAGACUUAUUCCAAUUACAGGAGGGAUAGGAAAAGAUGAGGAGGACCAGCUGGAAAAAUAUGAAGAUAAAGAAACAGGUCUGAAAUCACCAGAAGAACCACUGGUGUAUUUACCACCAAAGGAUGCCUUCCCCAAUGACCCCCGGGUAAUAAAUAGACAGAGAAGUUCUGAUUAUCAGUUUCCAUGCUCUCCAUUUUCAGACACACAAAAGGGGACAGCAGAAGAUGGACUUUAUACAAGACAAGUGGAGAAACUUGAAGAUGAAUGUGAGCUAGCAGAUCACCCUUUUACAACACAACAUUCCAUAAGUGCAAUAGUAGAGACUGUCAUAUUAGAAGAAUACAGUCUCUUUGUAAAAAAGAUUCAGGAAAUUUUGCGGGAAAAAAAUAUUUCUUAUGUCAGUGGUAUGUUCACACCAGUCGUCUUGGGCCAGGAGAGGAUAAUGAGAUUUUCUGAAUAUGUAUGUUUACAGACAUCAGAGGUUUCUGUGCAAGAAUAUGUAGAGACACUGAGUGAGAAAAUGAAUAGUGUUGUUCUGUCCUCUUCGUGCAUUAGACAUACUCCACCAAUUUAUUGUAGUCCUGAAUCAGCAGAAGUAGUUCAUAGUGCUGCACCGAAGCCUCCACCCAACGUGUUACCUAUCUGCAGCGACUCUGACAUGACACUGUUAACAGAGCCAUUGUGUAACAGUAUGGUGGAAGAUGCUGAUUCUAUUGAGCAGCAGUCAUCAAGCUUGCCUGUAGUGAAGGAGGAAGUAGAACACGUGAAUGCUAAAGCAGAAGCUAUGCUGACGUCUGAUCAGACACCUUCCAGUGGUAAUUUGAUGGAGCCGCCAGAAAAGACUCAGAAAUCUCCGGAGAACUUAAACGUUUCAAGCCAACCAGCUCUUUCUGAUUUUAUCAGCCAGUUAAAACCUGAAGUAUUUAACAGUUUGGUUGAAAUUAUUAAAGAUGUACAGAAAAACACUGUGAAAUUUUAUAUUCAUGAAGAGGAGGAAAGCAUUCUCUGCAAAGAAAUCAAGGAGUAUCUUACUAAGUUAGGUAAUACAGAGUGCCAUCCAGAACAGUUCCUAAAAAGAAGAGCUGCUUUAGAUAAACUGUUGAUAAUUAUUCAAAAUGAAGACAUCGCCAACCUCAUCCAUAAGGUACCUGGCUUAGUAACUUUGAAGAAGCUCUCUUGUGUCAGCUUUGCGGGUGUCGAUAGUUUGGAUGAUGUGAAAAAUCACACUUACAAUGAACUCUUCAUGUCUGGUGGCUUUGUUGUGUCAGAUGAAUCUGUCCUUAAUCCAGAUAGCAUCACAACAGAUAAACUAAAACAGUUCUUACAGUUUCUGGAGGAUCUCAAUACCCCAGAUGGAAAAUGGCAGUGGAAAGUCCACUGCAAAAUGCAAAAAAAACUUAAAGAGCUGGGGAGACUGAAUGCUAAUGCCCUGAGUCUGCUGACCCUGCUGAACACCUAUCAAAAGAAGCACUUGGUUGAAAUUCUGUCUUACCAUAACUGUGAUUCUCAAACUCGAAAUGCACCAGAAUUAGAAUGUCUUAUCAGGCUUCAGGCUCAAAGCAUACAACAGCGACACAUUGUCUUCUUAACAGAAAAGAAUCUCAAGCCACUUUCAAAUUAUGCUGAUAAUGGCAUAGUUGUUGCUACUGUUGAUGACUUCAUGCAAAAUUUUACAAGUCUUGUUGGGUAUCACAACUCAGUUAAUGAAGAAGACAACCCAUCUCCCUCUCAGGAAAGACAAUCAGAUGCUGUUUUGACAUAAACCCCAUUGGAGUUGGGGUUUCCCAACACUAAACAUGAACACGAUGCUCAGAAGCUUUUAGCAUUGGAAUUACUGGAAUCAGAGGGUUAAGUGUGUAUGUUGAGUGAGUGAACAAGAGUGGCAGAAGACCAAGACUUAAGUGAUACUGGACUUGCAGACCUGAAGCGUAACACUCUGUGAGUAGUGUAUAGAUUUUCUAACAAAAGUUUGUAUUUCAAUAGAAUAGGAGUUUUUUUUUCUUUUUUUAACGCAGUUCAUGUAGAAAAUGAUGGAAAGGAUGAGGAGGACAUGUCUCUGGAUUCAGGGGAUGAAGCAUCCCAAAUAGAAAUCUGCAAUGAUGCUUCUGAAUAUGAUACUCGUUUGGAAACUUUGCAGACUGAGACCAAGAGCUCACGUGGAGUAGAUGCAAAAGAGAGCUGUGUGUCAGAGUUAUCUCCUGAAGCACGAAGGAGUUUGAUGGAUAAGUCUUCUAAAAUUGACAUGGAAGAGAUAAAACCAAUUACUCCGCUUUCUACAACACACUCUGCUGAAGGAGAAAAACACAAUUCAGUUCAACGAGCUCCUUUCAAUAACUUCCAGGUUUACAGCAGACAAUUAAAUAUGUCUCAUCAGUUCAGUCACUUUAACGUACUCACUCAUCAGACUUUUCUGGGAGCAGCAUACCCACAUUCUACACGUCAAAACCAAGAAGGGGGCAGUUAUUUUCCAUCUCCUUACAGUCAGAGAAGGGAUAAAGAGAAAUCGUCAUUGCCUGGUGGUUGGGAUAAGAACUGUGAUUCUUCCAGGCCAUAUUCAAAACGGAAAUAAACUUGUCACUUUUGUAAGUUGCUGUGGACUUCCUGUUUCUAAACUGUUGGAUUAACAAUUUCUAUUUUAUUCUGAAACAAAACAUUUCUUGUCCUUUAUCUCAAAAGUUUUUCUGAUCUUAUUUAAACCAUGAUGGCCUGUACCUGUUGGAAGCAUCUGAAAAUUGAAAUAAAUAUAUAUUUUUAGCAUUUAUUGUACUUGAAUUAUCUUGGUUGUUGGCACUUUUAAGUUUCUACAUUUGUAUUUGACCUGUACAUAGGUUUCAGUUUGAAGUCUGUUUUAAUGUAAAAUUGAAUGUUUGCAUAAAAUAUGUGAAGCGGCGAGUUUUUUUAACUGUAAGUAUCCAAGUCACUUUUCUUUACAUAAAUACCAAAACUUAUGUAUUUAUUUGACACAGUUUUGUACAAAUGUUUUUACAUAGCUAUAAGGCAGUGUAGUUAAAUAACUAAAUGACUGGAUUUUGGCAAAAUACCUCAAUUAGAUUAACCAAUGGUGCAGUUCCAUUACAAAAAUGAAAUAAACUCUUAAUGCACAAGGGACUUGCUAA